AUGGAAGGAAGGAAGAGGUCCUCCAUCUUCAUGGCAGUUGCAUUGCUCUUGUUUCAAGUGGCAAAUGGAAGUCCUUUGGUGUCCAACACUGGUAGAGUGGUAAGGACGAUUAAGGGCGAAGUUGGAGAUGUGAUUGAUUGUGUGGAUAUCUAUAGUCAGCCAGCAUUCGGCCAUCCGCUGCUCAAAUAUCACAAGCUCGAGAUGAGACCGAGGGGGAUCCCUAAAGGCAUGGAGAGAAGGGAACCUUCAAGAAAGUCGCUGCUGGGACGAACAAGGCUUGCCAAGAGCGGGGGUUGUCCGAACGGGACAGUUCCCAUACUAAGGACAGCGCCUUGUGAUCCUAAAGGCAUUUCGCGUCCAUCUGCUUAUCCAACCGCUGCUGCAGUCACUCCAAACAAUGACCAACCUACUCAUGAGUUUGUGUUGCUACAAUCAGCUUUCGGACAAGGUUAUGGGGUCUUUGGAGCGGUUGCAGAUUUGUCCGUUUGGGAACCCCAAGUAGCAGCUGUCCCCGGGGAGUUCAGCGCCGUUAAGGUUGCACUGUAUACUGGUCCUGAUGCAGGCACAGUUUCUGAAAGUAUAGAGGCAGGAUGGAUCGGUGGCAAUGGGCAGGCUUGCUUCAACACCAUGUGCCCCGGCUUCGUACAGACGAGCCAAACGGUCAUGCUUGGUCAGGAGGAAGACGGGAACUGGUGGGUUCAUGCGGACGAUGAGGCGGUGGGGUACUGGCCGGGGUUGCUGUUCACGGGCCUGAGCUGGUGGGCAAAUGGCACGAUGAUGGGCGGCGAAGUCUACGACACGUUUGCCGGCGGGCAGCACACCACCACCCAAAUGGGGAACGGCCUCUUCCCUAUAGAGUCGAAAACCGACUAUAGGAAGGCGGCCUGCAUCUGGAGACCCAGCUACAUGGACAGCGACGGCCAUGUCCGCCUGUUGCAGGACCCCGUGAGCAUCCUCGUCACCAGCCCCUCCUGCUACGAUGAAAGACAGUACAGGCUCGAUGAAUAUAACCUCUGCUUUGGAGGACCUGGGCUGAGUUCCGCUUGCCCAUGA